UGCUGUCCGCCGUUAGCUAUGAAUGCGCCUCCAACGUUCGAGUCGUUCUUGCUUCUCGAUGGAGAGAAGAAAAUUGUGAUGGAGAAAGACACGAAAGUGCCGAAUGCUGCUUCGUUUAUAAUCAACAAGGAAGACCACUCGUUAGGAAAUCUUCUUAGAGGCCAGUUGCUUCGAGACCCGCAAGUUCUCUUUGCUGGCUACAAGGUCCCCCAUCCUCUGGAGCAUCGCGUUGUACUUCGAGUGCAGACCACGUCCGAGUACAGUCCACAGGAGGCUUUUUCUAACGCGAUUACUGAUUUAAUUAGUGAAAUUUCACUUCUAGAAGAAAGAUUCAAGGACUCUGUGAAAGAGAAGAAAGAUUCUGCUGAAUGAUCAAGCGUCGGUUGCCAUAUUCGCAGAUGGUUGGAGGAUAAUCUGUAACAUAUAAUUCUGUGACUUAAUUUACGUGUUAAAAGCAUAAGACUCAAUAAUUAUUGUUGGCUUGGAAACGGCUUGGAUUAGAAAUUGGUGUUAUUUUAGUAUUGACACCUUUCUACUGCAUUUUAAUGAUGAGUUUGUCUUCUCACUCUGAACAUGUAAUAAAAUUGGUUGAAUGAAUGAGUGGGUCUACUUUGAAGUGAAGAAAGA